UCUGAAGAUCGUUGGCUUUGCUUGUGCACGUACGACAAACUCACACAAAUUGCAUUAAAUACAAGCGCUUAAUCAUCGGUGAAAGUUUUAUUGAACAUCGAAAAGAAGUUGUGGGAUUUGUGUGUUUGCAUCUACAGUAACCAUGUCCCAAUUUGGGUUUGAGAAUGACAUUCACAACGUCUUAAGGCUAGAUAUGCCUAUCACUAACGCCCCGAUGGCAAGGUGGCAGAGGAAGGCCAGCACAUCCAACUCUACAAACUCAAACCCCCUCUCCCUCUCACCCAGCAAGAGUGCUAACAGAUCAGUGAGCCUUUCUAAAACGCCUAGUAAAACACCAGGAAAAAGUGGCAAGACCCAAAACACACCAUCUAAGGCAGGAGGAGAUCGUUUUAUCCCCACAAGAAAUAACAAUCAGUUGGAUAUGGCCAGUUUUCUUAUUUCCAAAGAGAAUGAGCCGGUUGAAGAGAGCCCCUCAGCAGCAGCAAAUCAGAAAGCUUGGUCUGUGACACUAAAUGGUUAUGACAUUGAAGAAGCAAAGAUCUUACAUUUAGGAGGAAAACCACUUAAUGCACCUGAGGGUUAUCAGAAUAACUUGAAGGUUCUCUACAGCCAAGUGCCCACACCUGUCUCAUCCAAGAAGUGCCGGUACAUUGCCUCGGUUCCAGAGCGGAUUCUAGAUGCCCCUGAUAUCAGAAAUGACUUUUAUCUGAACUUGAUAGAUUGGGGAAGGCAAAACAUGUUGGCAGUUGGCCUUACCAGCGACGUGUAUUUGUGGGAUGCUGCUGCGGGGGACAUAGUUUUAUUGAAGAAAAUGGAGGAUGAACAUAGUUAUAUCUGCUCAGUCUCUUGGAGCAAAGAUGGCAAUUUCUUGGCCAUUGGGACCAGUGAUUGUAAAGUUGAGUUGUGGGAUGUGCAAUACCAAAAACGUCUUCGCAUUAUGGAUGGCCAUUCGGCAAGAGUUGGUUGCUUGAGUUGGAAUGAUCACAUUUUGUCUAGUGGCUCCAGAUCUGGUUUGAUUCAUCAGCAUGAUGUUCGAGUAGCAGACCAUCACAUAUUCUCCUUCGGGGGACACACUCAGGAAGUCUGUGGCCUUACCUGGUCUCCAGAUGGGAAAUAUUUAGCUAGUGGUGGCAAUGAUAACAUGGUGUACAUUUGGGCAAUGACAAUGGGCACAGAGCAUCAAGCUAUCCAUGCUCUCAGUGAACACCAAGGAGCAGUCAAGGCUUUGGCAUGGUGCCCAUGGCAACCUAGCAUCCUUGCGUCAGGAGGGGGCACCAGUGACCGUCAUAUUCGCAUCUGGAACGUCAAUAGUGGCUCCUGUAUCAGUGCCUUACCCACUUGUUCACAGAUAUCAUCUCUUGUGUUUGCUCCGAAUUACAAAGAGUUGGUCUCAGGCCAUGGUUUCGCUAAUGACCGUGUUAUCAUCUGGAAUUACCCCUCACUCACUAAAGUUGUGGAGCUUGAAGGACAUGAAGACCGAGUUCUGAAUUUGUCACUCAGUCCAGAUGGUUCCACUGUGGCUUCUUUAUCAGCUGAUGAAACCAUCAGACUUUGGAAGAGUUUCGAGAAGGAUCCUGUCAAGAAACCCAAGACCACCAGCAGCAUUAUUCAGCAACAUAUUAGAUAAAUUAUUAUUUUUUUUAAACAAAGAUUGAGUUGGGUAAUAACUGGAAAAUCAAUGUUAAUAACUCUAUUUUAUUGUAAUUUUUAUCUUGCCAAAAAUUUGUAAAAUCUUAUUCACAAGCACAGAGGAACUCAGUUGGGUGCCCUCAAUCACGUGACAAGCUACACUAACUUCUUAUUGGCCAUUAGAUGCACCUUUUUAUUUCUGUUUUCAAGAGCUCAGAAAAACUGAGCACGUCAUGGUGGUUAAGUGGGGUUCCCAAAAGUACACCCACUUUGGAAGCUAAACCACCAAAUAUUUUUUAAUUGUGAAAUUUUGUUUUUUCCCUAUUAUGACUUAUUUAACCCUGAAAUCUAUUAAAUUAUAUACAAAAAUUGUAAUUUCAAAUAAAGUUUU